CCCCCCCCCUUCUGCCCUCCCUUCCCCCCCCAGUUUCACGGCCCGGGCCGGCCUGGGGGGCGGCGGACUCCAGGCUCGUCCCCCACCUGGCCCCGGGCAGGUGAAGCGCCCGGGUUGGUAGAGACGAGCGGGCCGUGAGUGUCACCGGGGGGGGGACAGAUCCCGCCGGAGGUGCGAGGGGCACGGUGCCCGGCCGCGCCGACUCCUGCUCCCCUCCCUAGCUGCGGGGCGAUGGGAGCCGGCGGGGCUGGAGCCGGCGUCCUGGUACCACGGCAGUCCCCUCCGUGACAGCCCGAGCCUCCACCGGGAAAGAGAGAUUUAGGAGUAAAGCGGAACGCUUGAGUCUGCUUUUUUUCCACCGAUCUAACAGACCUGGAGCCAGCAAGACUCAGAGGAAAGGACUUAAUCAGGUUUAUGUGUACUAAAGGUUAUGAAGACAGUAUGGAGUUUCCUGACCACAGUAGACAUUUGCUACAGUGUCUGAGUGAGCAGAGACAUCAGGGUUUUCUUUGUGAUUGCACUGUUCUGGUAGGAGAUGCCCAGUUCCGAGCGCACAGAGCUGUACUGGCUUCAUGCAGCAUGUAUUUCCACCUCUUUUACAAGGACCAGCUGGACAAAAGGGACAUUGUUCAUCUGAACAGCGACAUUGUUACAGCCCCAGCUUUCGCUCUCCUGCUUGAAUUCAUGUACGAAGGAAAGCUCCAGUUCAAAGACUUGCCCAUUGAAGACGUGCUAGCAGCUGCCAGUUAUCUCCACAUGUAUGACAUUGUCAAAGUCUGCAAAAAGAAGCUGAAAGAGAAAGCAACCACGGAGGCAGACAGUACAAAAAAGGAGGAAGACGCCUCAAGUUGUUCAGACAAAGUGGAGAGCCUCUCCGACGGCAGCAGCCACAUGCCAGGAGACUUGCCCAGCGAUGAAGACGACGGAGAAGAUGAAAAAUUGAACAUCCUGCCCAGCAAAAGGGACUUGGCGGCCGAGCCUGGGAACAUGUGGAUGAGAUUGCCCUCAGACUCAGCAGGCAUUCCCCAGACUGGCGGAGAGGCAGAGACGCACGCAGCAGCAGCUGGAAAAACAGUAGCCAGCCCCUGCAGCUCAACAGAGUCUUUGUCCCAGAGGUCUGUCACCUCCGUGAGGGAUUCAGCAGAUGUUGACUGCGUGCUGGACCUGUCUGUCAAGUCCAGCCUUUCAGGAGUUGAAAAUUUGAACAGUUCUUAUUUCUCUUCGCAGGACAUGCUUAGAAGCAGCCUGGUUCAGGUGAAGGUGGAGAAAGAGGCUUCCUGUGAUGAGAGUGAUGUUGGCACUAAUGACUAUGAUAUGGAACAUAGCACUGUGAAGGAAAGUGUGAGCACUAAUAACAGGGUACAGUACGAGCCGGCCCACCUGGCUCCGAUGAGGGAAGAUUCGGUCUUGAGGGAGCUAGAUAGAGAGGACAAGGCAAGCGAUGAUGAAAUGAUAACUCCAGAGAACGAGAGAGUCCAGGUGGAAGGAAACAUGGACAGCAGCUUGCUCCCUUACGUGUCAAACAUACUUAGCCCCGCUGGCCAAAUUUUCAUGUGUCCUCUCUGCAACAAGGUCUUUCCUAGCCCCCACAUCCUGCAGAUCCAUUUAAGCACGCACUUUCGAGAGCAGGACGGGAUCCGCAGCAAGCCUGCUACUGAUGUCAAUGUCCCGACCUGCUCGUUGUGUGGUAAGACUUUUUCUUGCAUGUACACCUUGAAACGUCAUGAGAGGACUCAUUCAGGUGAAAAGCCCUACACUUGCACCCAGUGUGGGAAGAGCUUCCAGUACUCCCACAACCUGAGCCGCCACGCAGUGGUUCACACGCGGGAGAAGCCUCACGCUUGUAAGUGGUGUGAACGCAGGUUCACGCAGUCCGGAGACCUUUACAGACACAUUCGGAAGUUUCACUGUGAGUUGGUGAACUCAUUGUCUGUCAAAAGCGAAGCACUGAGCUUACCUACUGUCAGAGACUGGACCUUAGAAGAUAGCUCACAAGAACUUUGGAAAUAAAAUUUUUAUAUAUAUAAAUAAUAUAUAUAUAAAUCUAUAUAGUUGUGGUACAGUCUAAAAGCAAUCUUGUUUCCCUGAACUGAAAGUUUGGCUAUUAGCUUGUUUUUGCACUUUAAGGCAGCAUGAAUAUUUCACUAAUUUAGCACUCCGAUAAAAAUGAACUGUAGAGGUAAUCCGACAGAGUUAACAAAUUAUCAAACGAAUUUUACCCCUUUCUGGAAUAGAAGCCAGCAGAUAUUUUACUUCUAAGGAAUCUCCAAUUCUAAAAAUUUGGACAUGGCUUUAUUCCCCCCAAAACAUUGCGUUCCUUUAAGCUCUUGAUCUUUUUCCUCUUAAAAUCUGAAUGUAGAAAUCCUCACCCAAUUUUGUCAGUUCCUUUACAUUUCUAUAAUUGCAUGAGUCCUUACUAGCUGUUGGAAACCUGAAUGCUUUUAGACCCAAAUGGAAAAUUUCUGAAAUGCUGGAUUAUCUAUUUUUAAACAAGCAGUUGACUUAAAACUUAUUAUGGCAACUUCUGGAUUUCUGACAGUUCCCACUGGAAAAGCAAAACACACACACACAAAAAAAAAAAACCAACACAAAAAAAAACCAUAAAACAAAAACCCUGAGAGUACACUGGGAUCACUGGGACUCUGUCUUACGUGAAGGUUUGCUUGGGAUGAAAAAGGAUAUUGCAGCUUCAGCAGUGAUGAACUGUGUGUUUAAAAAAUGUGAAUUACUGUUAUUGUAUACUGUAAUUGAUUACAUGGGCCGGGGGGAGGUAUCAAAGAACUUGGCAGGUUGUGUUGAUGCUCUUAGUUGAGUCUUGAAAAGUAAAUAUUAACGCUACAGAAAUGCAUGAGUUUCAGUAUAUUUUUGUCUUUGUUUGCAUUGUAUAACUUUAACGAGUGAGUUGAAAAUUAUUUAAUUUCCUUAGGAAAAAAACCCAACACCGUGUAAAAUGCCGGUGUUACGAAGAAAAGAAAUGCACUGUUUUUUAUUUUAUCUAAUUUAAACUUACUUUCCCACUGUCUUUAAGUUGAGAAGAACUUAAGCUACGAGUCGCCGAUUUAGCUACGUUAACAAGGAAAAAAAAAAAAAAAAAAAAGAAAAAAAAAACAAACCUGAAUGUUUACAACCAGGCUUCGAGAUUUGCAUGUGCGGUGUGCAUUUACUAACCCCAGACCCCUUCUAAUUGCACAGACCCCACGCCAGCUCCAACUGAGGUGCGUCCAUUUCCCCAGAUGAGCAUUUGUAGGAUUCCUGCUGCACCACUCCACCACAAUAGGUCGUUCUUUUUUUUUUUCCCCCCGUUGAAAAGAGGCUGUGGACUGAAAAAAAAGAAAGAAAAAAAAAAAAAAAAAAAAAAGAAAGAAAGAAAGAAGGAAAGAAAGAAAAAGCCCCGGGCUGAAAGGCUUGGGAAGGCCUGAGUGACAGGGGGGCCGGGGGAGGGCAGGGGAAGGACUAUGUGUAUCCAAGCAGCAGAGACUGCAGCCUGACGUGUGGUUUUAAUGACCAGCACGCAGGUCAAAAGCAUUUUGCACAGUGUUUGUUUUCCUGUCUUGCACUUACAAAUAAGGUCUAUGGGAGUAGCAUGGAAAACGUUUGCUGUUUUUUUCCUUUUUUUUUUUUUUCCUUUUUUUUUUUUCUCUGCUUUUGUUUAAAAUUUGAUCGCCUUAACUACUGUAAACAUAGCCUAUUUUUGUGCUUAAGAUACUGAAUGGAAAACUCCAUUGUGUAUUGCUGGACUGUUUUGGAAAUAUUUGGUCAAAUGUGUGUUAAUUUGGCUGUAAUGGCAUUUAAAACAAAAAAAAAAAAGCUGUGAAAAUGGCCUUGGAGCGUUAUCUUUAGUUACUUGAAUAGUUUCUAGGUUUUAAAACUACAUUCUUUUCUUAAGUUAGAGAAGACAAUCAGUGUCUGAGGAAAAUGGACUUUCUCUUGAAUUUUUUUGUGGUCCUUGUGAGUGAUUGCUUUUUCCUUUCCUUAGUUUCACAUUCUUCUUUUGUUCUAAAACUUAGACUGACAUCUAGCUUUGACAAUCAUAGUAUGUUUUAUUUUCCUGAGGGGGGAAUAACUUAUAAUGCUGUUUAGUUUUGUACUAUUGGUGUGUUGGUGAAUUUUUAAACUGUGUGCUAACUGCAAUAAAUUAUAUGAACUGAGAAAUCAAUUCCCUUGUCUUUUUUCCCUCUUUUAAAUUAUAGUUAUGGAGUAUUUUUUAUAAUGUGUAACUUUAUUACUUUUGUACAGACUUCUAUUGCUAACUGUGUAUGGAAUAUGUUUUCAGUAUGCUCUUGAGCACUUUGUUGCUAACGUACAUAUUUACAUCUCACUUAACAUUUAAAAAAAUUAAAUGCUUGUGUUUUGAAAGCA